AAUUCCACUCCGUCGUCUUCGGUCUUCGCCUUCGGUACCCCUCUUCGGAAGGCACACCAAAAUCUCUAGUCUGACGUGCGUUCAACAACGAUGCGCAAGUUUACUCGUUGCUCCUUGAUCUUUAUCUUGGUAUUUGGUUUCGUUUGGUUUGCCCAACUGCGUCAGAUACCUGACUCAAUCGUUCGGCCGUCACACGAAAGCAAAAAUCGUUUCAACGAUUCUACAAAUUGUGGUUCUAAGGUUGUCUCUUUCUUUGACGGAGCUAGGGCUCGUGUGUGCUCUUUUUUAACCGCGGGAAAUGACGGGAUUUGGGAGCGUGCUUCAAAAUCUUGGGAGCCAUCUACUUUUCGGAUAUUCGCGUCCUUCAUCGACGAUGCCACAACAGUAAUCGAUUUUGGAGCCUGGAUCGGUGUGACACCUAUCUAUGCCGCAACACGUGCGAAACGCGUGAUAGCACUCGAGCCCGAUUUUGUGGCCUAUCAGAUCUUGCUAAAGAACGCAGAGUUGAAUCCUUCUCUCCCUAUAUCUGUCUUUCACUCCUGUGUAUCUUCACGUGAAGAGAGUGCGUCGAUGCGUGGAUACGCUCAACCAGGCGAUUCAGCUUCAAUGACCAAUGUUUUGAGUAACAAUGGUGUUUUGCUCGAUGCAAAUACUGACUCAGUGCAAUGUAGAGCGGCAAGCAAGCUAUUUCAAGAUUUUGGAGUUCCUCAGAACAGCAAAGUUUUCAUAAAGAUCGAUACUGAAGGUUUCGAGCAAGUCGUUGUACCUGCACUUCAUACCUUGCUUCAAACCUUGACUGUCCGUCCAACGUUGUUCAUCUCCAUGCAUAUUGGACAUCGUCAUCCAACUGAAGUUGAGCGCAAGGCCUUUGUCGACACACUGGCACUCUAUCACUCCUUGUUUGUUGUCGAAUUCAAUGUCUAUGGGCAGAGGGAUGAACAUUCGAAUAUUAAAAGGUUGGAGUCGCCACCUCACCCUGAAGAGCUCUGCACCUACUGUGAUUAUGUAGCAACCGACGAUGAGGACGCCUCAAACUUGAUAUUGACCACGUGA